UCCUCUUCAUGCGACACCGUCGGAGCGGUGACGUUCGGUUGCGGAGUCGUGGCGCCGGUGGAAUUGUGUAUGGAGAGAUGACGGACGGGUGCUGAAGGCUGGAGUGAUAGAGGGACGUAGAACCGUGGAACAUGGCCAGGCAUCGGAACGUGCGCGGAUACAACUAUGACGAGGAUUUUGAGGAUGAUGAUAUGUAUGGGCAGUCUGUAGAAGAUGACUAUGGUAUUUCACCAGCCACAGCUGCUCAGUUCAUAUAUUCUAAGCGUAACAGACACUCAAGCUUUACUGGGCCUUUGGAAGAGGAGGCGGAGUGUGAAGAUGAAGAACUGGAAAAAUCAAGGGCUUCAAAUAUUGCUUUGAGUUCGGUUGAUCAAGCUCGUUUAUACUCAUCCCUGGAGCACAUGAGAGAAGUCCUUGGAGAGUCUGUUUCAGAGCAAGUUAUGAUUGAUGCGGUAUUGAAAUGUCAGUUCGAUGCCACCAAGGCCCUCGAUCUUUUGUUCAAACAGGACUGCAACACAAGCGCCAAGCCUUUGAGCCAAGACUUGCCCUCUACUGGGAUACCAGCAAAAGGCAGACCAAGAGAAUUGCCUUCUAUGGAGGCACAGAAUGAAAUUGUUCCUAAAAUUGCCAAGAUGACUGUCUCUGGAAAGAAGCAAACAAUGGGAUUUUAUAUACCAAGUGCUGCAUCUCAUGUGAAUGGGCAAAGUGUUCCUUUGUCUGCAAAAAGCCAGCCUGUGGAUGACAUCAUGGAGGAACCUGAAAGCACUGUUCAAUCAUCCACACAAAUGAACACAUCACAGGUCUCUGAUGAACGUAAUGCCACUACAUCCCAAGUAAAAAGUUCUGGAAAAUCCAAACAGAAAAUUAAUGUUAAAGAAGAGCUAGAAAAGAGACAAGGAGGAAAACAGCUACUAAACCUUGUUGUAAUAGGCCAUGUCGAUGCUGGAAAAAGCACACUAAUGGGUCAUCUACUAUACCUCUUGGGACAUGUGAACAAACGAACCAUGCACAAAUAUGAGCAAGAGUCCAAGAAAGCAGGCAAAGCUUCUUUUGCAUAUGCUUGGGUACUGGAUGAAACAGGAGAAGAGAGGCAAAGAGGAGUGACUAUGGAUGUAGGCAUGACCAAAUUUGAAACAAAGUCCAAAGUUAUUACUUUAAUGGAUGCUCCGGGGCACAAGGAUUUCAUCCCAAAUAUGAUUACAGGUGCUGCUCAAGCUGACGUGGCCGUUUUGGUUGUAGAUGCCAGCCGUGGGGAAUUUGAAGCAGGCUUUGAAGCUGGUGGACAGACACGUGAGCAUGCACUGCUGGUCCGCUCUCUUGGUGUAACUCAACUUACAGUAGCAGUCAAUAAAAUGGAUCAGGUUAAUUGGCAACAAGAUCGAUUUCGGGAAGUUACUAGUAAGCUGGGGCACUUUCUGAAGCAAGCUGGAUUUAAGGACAGUGAUGUGUCUUACAUUCCGACCAGUGGGCUCAGUGGAGAAAAUCUGGCCAAAGGUAGUCAAAUAUCUGAAUUGACAAGCUGGUAUAAAGGACUGUGCCUUACUGACCAAAUUGAUUCCUUUAAAGCCCCACAGCGUUCCACAGAGAAACCUUUUAGACUGUGUACAUCAGAUGUUUUCAAAGAUCAAGGCUCUGGAUUUUGUGUGACUGGUAAAAUAGAAGCUGGCUACAUACAAACAGGUGACCGAAUACUAGCCAUGCCACCUAACGAAACAUGCACAGUAAAAGGAAUCACAUUACAUGAUGAAGCAGUCGAUUGGGCCGCGGCUGGAGAUCACGUUAGUCUCACUUUGACGGGCAUGGAUAUCAUCAAAAUCAAUGUAGGAUAUGUGUUUUGCAGUCCAAGUGAACCUAUUAAAGCCUGCACUCGUUUCCGAGCCAGAGUUCUCAUCUUUAACUUUGACGUCCCUAUUACCCAAGGUUUCCCUGUAAUCAUCCACUACCAAACUGUAAGCGAGCCUGCCACCAUCAGGAAGCUGAUCAGUGUCUUGCACAAGAGCACAGGGGAGGUGACGAAGAAAAAGCCAAAAUGUCUAACAAAAGGAAUGAAUGCUAUAAUAGAGCUCCAGACACAGAGACCCGUUGCAUUAGAAUUAUACAAAGACUUCAAAGAACUUGGGAGGUUCAUGUUGCGUUACAGUGGGUCAUCCAUAGCUGCUGGCGUAGUCACUGAGAUUAAAGAAUGACACCAGAGUCUCACUGAGGGGACUUUACCAACUGAUUGCCCUCAGCAUGGAGAGUUCUCUACCCAAACUGCCUGGCUAAAGACAUGAAGUGCAAUUAAAGGACAAAACCGUACACAAAUCUAGCGGGGACUCGCCUGCAGACUGCUUCCCACCACCUCCAUCUAACAGAACAAAGAAUUAGGACCUCAGUCUGUGAUCUUUUUUACAUGGUUCAACCUGUGAU